UACCGAUUUUAUGUAGGCUAUGUAUACCCAUGAUAUCUUCGGGUCGAAAGAAUUCCGCUCCGGCCUAAUUACUCACGAACCGUGAAUAGUUGUUGUACGCGGUGAGAUUGGUAUGACUCCUAUCCUGCAACUUGUCGACGUCUCGUGGAGAUAUCCUGGGAUAAAUUCGGAGGAUCGUUCCGUUACUCAGCAUUCCCCUACAUCUCACCCCCGAAAUCAAGCUCGCCAACCUUUCGGUAGGGCGUGCAUGACUGCGUCCUGCAGAUCGCCAACACCACCUUUCCCAAUCCCAUCUCCAUCACGAAAAUGCCCCUCUGCCGCAAUUCAAUCCAGCAGUCACGGCAUCACCGAUCGCCCACCGCCAUCCGGCUUCCCGUUCCCCCUCCCCGCGGUCCGUUUCGCCGUGCUAUCUCCAGUUUCUCCACCGUGAAAGAGUAGUGUCGGCGCGGGUCCGCUCGACACCCAAUCAGCACGACGGAUGGGGAUCGAGACGUUUCGGUGCCGACGAUCGGCAGUGGGGACUCCACUUGGGUGACUGGUCAGUUGCUUGAUAAAAUCGAGGUCGGUCGUGUUCUUG